AUGAUAUCACAAUUACCUCGAAGCUUGACGCAGCUCGAGCUCCACAACUGUUUGCUGCCGUUUAAUCCGGACGAUACAAGAGAUGAUGCUGCUGCUCUGCAUAGCACAUUCGUUGACCAUGCCUAUCUGAAGCUUAACGCCCCGACUACAACAUCAUCAGAAAUCAUGGCAAACCACCCAGAAAUCAAGAAGCUCGCCAUGAUAGGCUGUGGCUCAAUGGGUGGCGGUAUGGCUUUGCUGUUUGCAGAGAACGGCUGCGAGGUUUCAUUGCAGGAUCCAUCCAACGAAGCCAUGGACAAGGUCAUUGAGCAAGGCAAGAAAGACAGGGUUCCUAGCAAGAUCUCCAAGUACUCGGACUACAAGAGCCUCUGCGAGAGCCUAGACGACACGAAGGUGUUUGUAUGGUCGUUACCACAUGGUCACGUUGGCGACAGUGUACUUGAUGGCUUGAUGCCAUACUUGAAGCGAGGCGACAUCAUCAUCGACGCUGCCAACGAGCACUGGCAAAACACCGAGCGGCGAAUUGGAAAGUGCCAUCCAAAGGGCAUUCGAUAUGUUGGUAUGGGUGUCAGUGGAGGCUACCAGGCAGCACGACGUGGGCCAUCGAUGUGUCCUGGCUCCGAUUCCGAAAGCCUUGACAUCGUCUUACCACUUCUCAAGAAGGCUGCAGCCAAGGCCCCAGAUGGUUCGCCAUGCGUAGGCAAGAUCGGCACCGGCGGAGCAGGCCACUAUUGCAAGAUGAUCCACAACGGCAUCGAGCAUGGCAUGAUGUCCGCCAUCUGCGAAGCCUGGGGCAUCAUGGAGCGCGGCUUGGGCAUGUCCCUCGACGAAAUCGGCGCAGAACUGCAUCGCUGGAACAAAUCUGGCGAGCUGCAAGGCACCUUCCUCGUCCGCAUCGGCGCCGACAUCUGCCUCACCAAAGACGGCAAGGGCAACCGCGUCCUGGACUCCGUGGAAGACAAAGUAGUCCAAGACUUUACCGGCGAAGAAGGAACCGGAAUCUGGUCCAACACCGAAGCCGUAAUGCACCACGUCCCAGCUCCAACCCUCACAUCAGCCCAUUACCUCCGCCUCGCAUCCGGCGACCGGCAUCAGCGCACUACAGUCAAGAAGACCUUCGGCAGCGACUAUCCACCCCAGAAACUCUCAGUCCAAGACAAGAAACAAUUCCUCGAAGACCUCCGCAUGGCCGUCUACGGCGCAUGUCUAGCCUCCUACGUCCAAGGCAUGAACAUCAUCGACAAAGCCGACAAAGAAAACCACUUCAACGUCGACUACUACCAGCUCCUCCAAAUCUGGCGCGCAGGCUGCAUCAUCCAAGCCGACUACAUCUCUUCGAAGCUCCUGAUGCCAAUCUACAAGAACUAUGCCAAGAAGCAGGCCAAGAAUCCCCUCUACGAGCCCGACGUGGCGGCAGACCUGAAGAAGAGCUUUACCCCGCUGAAGAAGAUUGUGCUUCAGGCGGCGGAGAAGGAUCAUCCAGUCCCGUCUCUGAGUGCUACGUUGGAGUAUCUCAAGUAUCAGACGAGCACGAACUUGCCGACGAGCUUUUAUGAGGCGGAGCUGGAUUACUUUGGCAAGCAUAUGUAUGAUCGCAAGGAUGAUGAUGUGGCGGGUCUGCCGACUACUGGCAAGUACCACUUUGAGUGGAAGCCGGCGUGA